AGAGGGGGGAAGAUGCUGCCGGGGUCCAUCCAGAUCUCCGGGGAGACGCUGUCGGGGGCGGAGAUCCGGGAUAUCUGCGAGAGCCUGCGGGAGAACUCGGUGCGGCUGCUGUCGCUGCGGGGCUGCCAGCUCUCCGAGCGGGACUUCGGGCACGUCUGCCGGGGGGCGGCCGAGUCCCGCUCCCUGGCCCAGCUCAACCUCAACCUGGGCAUCGUGUCCAACAUCAACCGCGUCAAGCAGCUGGCCGAGGCCCUGAAGACAAACCGCUCCGUCCAGUCCCUCUUCCUCCAUGGGAGUCCCCUGACAGAUGCAGGCUUGGCCCUCCUCAACCCUGCUCUCUCCAUCCACCCCUCGCUGGUGGCUCUGGAUCUAGGAGACUGCAUGCUGGGUGAUGAAGGCAUCAACCUUAUCUGUGGGCUCCUGCCGCCUGACGGGGCCAAGUCCGGCCUCAAAGAGCUAACGCUGAGCGCCAACCCAGGCGUCACAAGCAAAGGCUGGGGACGCCUGGCCAUUGCAGUGGCUCACAGCUCACAGCUCCGUGUGCUGAACCUGGACUACAACCCCCUAGGUGACCAGGUAGCAGGGAUGCUCGCUGUCGCUGUGGCCUCCAGUCGAACCCUCGAAGUUCUGGACUUGGAGGGAACAGGACUUACCAACCAGUCAGCCCAGACCUUGCUGGACAUGGUAGAGAAUUACCCCACAGCCCUACGGACACUCAUCCUGGCAGAGAACAACAUUAGUCCCGAGCUGCAGCAACAGAUCUCUGACCUGCUCUCAGAGGGUGAGGAAGAGGAGGAGACGGAGGCUCGAGAAGUCACAGCCAGGGAGAAGAACCCCUGGAUCUGCCAGAACAGUAAGAAUUCCAGCUCCCAGAUGGUCCUGAUGACGUCAGGUCUCGGUGACAGCCUCUUAGCAGAAACAGAAAUGUAGCUGGGCUACCCUGUCUGCUUCUGCCGAGAAGAGCGCCGUGCCCGCUGGGGGAGCGUGUGUCUGCCAGCCCCCCUGCCUCCGGUGGGCUGCCCCAGCUGUCUCCUCACGCAUUUCACGUCCUGUUGAUGCCUCCCUCGGCUCUCUGAGUGUCGGAGCCUGGUCCGAGCGAAUGUCUACACACGUCUCUGUGUUCUCACGCGCCCCGUUGGCCGCUUGUGAUUGUCCAGUCGCUGCAUGUGUAGCUCACGCUGCCCUGCCUCCCCCCACGCCCGGCUGUGCCCGCAAGGGCGCAGGCUGUAUUUAUUCAGAUGUGUAUAAGAGAUGUUCUUUCUAUUGCUUGUACUGCUGUCGCGAUGAGAGUUUUAUAAAGGUCACAGA